AUGAAGCCUCCUGCCCUGCCAUACGUUCUCCUAACGUCACUGGAGCCGCUGGACCAGGAACGCAGAUGCAGUUCUCCCUCCCUGCAGCUGGACGAGAUGAGAGCCUUCUGCUCGGUGCUGCACUCAAACUGCAUCUUCCAGUCCGCCCGAAUAGCAGGUGCCCAAUCUUUGUGGCCUGGAACAGCGAGCUCCCAAGAGACUUUCACCUUCAAGUUGAGGCGAAGCAAACAGAUUAAGAUGAACAAACGAAGGCAUUCCCUCCACCGCCCAGGGCCGGAGCGCGGAUUUCCAGGGCCGGAGGGCGGAUUUCCAGGGCCGCUCCGGACCGCAGAGAGGCCAGGUCCGCGCCAGAGAGAGCCCCGCCCCUUCAGGCCCCGCCCCUGCCCCGCGAAGGCCCCGCCCCCGGCCGCACGCAGCCCCGCCCCAGUCGCGGGGCGUGCCGGGACAACGCGACCAGCUAACACCUCAGGGCAGGCCGUUGCGGACGCCGCGGGAGCGGACGCCAUGGCUGCGUUAGGCCUCGCUUCGUUGCUGGGCCGCGUCCCGGCUACAGCGUGGAAAGCGGCAAUUUUCACUCUGCCAGGAUCACCCCUUCUGUGUAAUUCUUUGAGGAAAAUGAGUUCUCAAGGAGGAAAACCUGAACCUAGCAAACAACCUCUUAAGAAGCCAAAGUUACCAGAAGGUCGUUUUGAUGCGCCAGAAGAUUCCAAUUUAGAGAAGGAACCCCUGACAAAAUUUCCAGAUGAUAUUAAUCCUGUUACAAAAGAGAAAGGUGGACCCAGAGGCCCAGAACCUACCCGAUAUGGAGAUUGGGAACGAAAAGGACGCUGUAUUGAUUUUUAAGCCACAUGUUGUUUAACUGCAGUAUCUUUUUCUGAUAGUGUACAUCUGAAUUAACUUAUUUUUGAUUAUUGUCUUUCUGUACAUCAUUUAAGUCUCCUAAUUUCUAUAAUGUGUUUUAAAAUAUAUGUGAUAGCUUUGGAAGAAAAUAUGCUGCUAUAAAUUAGGAAAGAGGAAAUAUUUUUAAUUAGCAUAUUAAUUUUAAUUUUAAUGUUUUGGGGUAUUUAAGGGAUGAUUAGAACUGCAAACUUUCAUUUCAUCAUGUUUCAAUUUAAGUUGAUCAGUGGUUUAUAAGAUACAAGUGUAAAUAAAACUUUUUAAAAAUGA